AUGACCCAAGGAUGGGGGGAAUGCCUCCAAAGACGGGGACUACUGCGGUGGUUUUCGACAUUCACGGUGCCCCUGUAUAGGGGUACGGAACUCAUCGUUAUCCCAGGUUUCUUGCCCCCCCCAGAUUUUGUCGGUAUGUCGGACACCCCUGAGGGACUGCAACUGCAAAUUGACGCGGCGAAGAAGUUUACUGAUAAGUGGAGAUUGUCUGCCAACGUUAAGAAGAGUGCCGUCAUGGUAUGCAACGAGAACAAGGAGGAACCAGUAGAACAUAGAUGGAAGUGGGGGAUCGAGGAGAUUGCAGUAGUGGACCAGUACACAUACCUCGGAGUAGAGAUCGCAAAAGACUGCUCGUGGAAUGCACACAUGUCCAAGGAAGAGGAAAAGGGCAAAGCACGAGCAGGGCAGCUGCACCCAAUACUCGCAAACCGGCACCUCGAUACACGCAUCAAAUUGACGGUUUUGAAGAGCGUAAUCGUACCGCCGCUAGAGUACGCCGGAGAAGUAUGGGAAGGAAAUAAGAAGGUAGUGAAAGAACUCGAGGCGGCGCAGAUGAAAGCAGCGAAAAUCAUCCUAGGAUGCUCCAAGCGCACAAGUAUUGCAGUCGUCAGGUCGGAAUUGGGGAUCCAAUCCCUACGGUCGGGAAGAGACGCAAGGAAGCUG